AAGUGUCAAGUCAAAUUAGAUUUGUGGUGGAGUGUGUGGUCGUGUUUUUGUUUUACGAAAUAUAACGAUGUCGUAAAAUGUUUAAAUACAUGGAUUUAAAUGUACUAACAAUAACGAGCGUUGUCUACCGUUUACAGUGAUAGUGUGUUGAUGAAAUGUAGUGUUUUUUUUCAUAAUAAAUAUAGUAACUAAUCAACAUGAGCAAGUACUAUUUAGCAGUAGUUCUUGUGCGGAUAGUGCUGCCGGCCAGUCUCUUAAUUAGUAUAGCAUUGCGACCGUUUGGCAUCUCAUUAGUGUAUCUGCUGCUCUUUUUAUUAUCACCAUUCACAUUUGUACCGGACAGUCGAACAUUCAAAGGAUGGCGCGGCACAUAUUUAUUACUGACCGUAGUGUUAUCGUUCCUGUUGCUGUUCCUGCACAUAGCGUGGCACACUAUGCUUGCAGUGUCCGCUCCUUAUGCCUCCAUCCUCGAACAAUAUCCUAUACUCAACAAAAUUGGCCACAAUCUAGGCUUCGUGUCUUACUCUUCAAUAGACCCGCUUCUGGCCGUACAUUAUAUGCUUCCCGAGGUUUUAAUGACGGCGAUAUCUCUCAUCUUGUAUGUGCUAGUCAAAAGGUUGGUGACGGGGCCUAACGUGUCGUUACCAGCUAAAGCUGACAGCAAACAUCAACAGUAUCCACUUGUAACAAGUGCAGGGAAAUACAUCUGCCUGAUAUUAAUAAUGUUUGCCGCCAUCAUGCGACCGAGCGUUACAUCUGGGAUAUACUUCCUCGUGUUCAUGGGAUCAGCCACAGCGUGGGCACUGGGUCAACCGCUUAACCGAGGGUUUGCAGUCGUCUGUCGCUGUGUGAUGGCCAUAAUGUCGGUCCACAUCAUCGUGCUAUUAGUAUACCAAUGCUCUUGGUUGAUAGAACUAUAUCCGCCCGAAAAGGAAUUUGCUAGGUAUUUUGGCUUAACAAGGCUGGUUAUAAUCAACGAUACGAAUCCAACACUCUUUACUUACGAAGUAUUGGACGACCACAUGUGGGCUUCACUAGCGAGCCCUUUUGUCAUACUAUUCACUUAUUUCGUUCUCGCAAUCGAAACUCGACAACUGUUCAAACCCAAGCUUAUUCGAGCGAAUUCUUCGAAACGAUGGACAGUCACACCGACCGUAUCUUCAACGAGACAAAUUCGGCAAGACUCUACUGGCUCCGUUGUACUACAUGAAGAUGAAUCUGCAAUAGAGGAAAGUGAGCCCACCUUGAUCGACGAUAUUUUAACAGCCAUCGUGGAUUUCUUCCAAGUUCUAGUCAGGUCCUCGUACAUUGCUACGACGAUCACAAUGAUGGCUUGGAGUAUUAUGUUCCAUUCGUGGCUGACCUUCGUCUUUCUCAUGUGGGCCAAUAUUGUGUGGCUCUGUCACGACCAGCGAGGUUUUAUGCUGAAGACCAGUCCGAUUCUCGUCUGCUAUGCGAUGUUACUGCUUAUAGCACAAUACAUAUACGGCAUGAACCUCUAUGAGUCAGAAUUGCCCAGUAACAUCACGGAAGUGAAUCUCCAUCAGAUCGGUCUAGGUCGCUCCGAAGGGGAAGCGUUUGUUCCCCUAUUGAUCAAAUCUUUGUUCACGUGCAUGUUUUGGGUGACGUUGCGCCAGCGCAUCCAGGACAUGAGACAGAGGCGGCAGUCCUCUGUCAUCGCGGAUAUGGCGGCUCCCCUACAACUAACUGCUUCCACUGCAGCUAGUGUAAUGGACGCACGGCGUGAAGAGGAGAGUCGUUCUCGUCUGUUACGCGCACUGGGCGAGAUUAUGCGAGCGUUGUGCGCGCGAUACUGGAUCUAUGUCGUGGUCAUCAUGCUAUUCGUCAUCGGCGUCACCGGCGAGCGCAUGACCAUAUUCCGCAUCAUUUACAUGUUCCUCUUCCUCGCUUUUAUACUUAUGUUCCAGAUAAGUUGGUAUUGGUGGCGAAAAACAUUGUACAUGUUUUGGAUAGUGGUCAUCAUCUAUUCGAUGAUAAAUCUUAUUCUCAUCUACAUUUAUCAGUUCGACAACUUUUCGAAAUUAAUUGAAAAAUAUUUGUUGAUUAACGAGAGUUUGCAACAAGAUUUGGGAUUAGAGCCGUAUCAUCCAGCGGAUUUGUUUGUCAAACUAUUAACACCGACAUUGUUCCUUAUCAUAACAAUAUUGCAGGUCCAUUAUUUCCAUAAAGAUUUUAUGGCUUUGUCUGAUCCUAAAACGAGAACAAAUAGCUUAGCAGUCAAUCAAGCAGAAUCUGGUAAACCAAGCCAAGAUGGAGCAUCAACGAUGAGAGAUGAUUUACCGCCACUACCUUUAGAGGAUACGAACCCACGUUCACAAACUGCCACGGAACCUGAUCAGUCAUUUGAAGUAUCUUCAGUAAAUACUGGUCAUGCCAAGUCAUUACAAAGAGAAUAUUCAACGUCCCGUACAAACGUGCGGUCACCGGUUACAGACCGACCAUCAACUGCGUUGUGGUCGUUGAUCAAGCGCACUUACAACGCAUCCAAACACACCGUAAUGGAAGUCAUCGACCGAAUCUUUAUGUACUUGGACCUGCAUCUCAUCAAGAUCGUCUUUAUAUCAUUGAUGCUGCUUUGUGUUAUGAAUGUAUGUGCCAUGCAUGUUCCCAUAAUGGUAAUGAUCGCACCUGCAUUGUGGCUCAAUGCGUCGAAACAACGAGUCUGCGUGCUCUUUAUAUCGACACUAAUCAGUGUGUAUUUUAUGGCUAAAAUGGUUUACCAGAUAGGCUACAUCAAGCAUCAUACGUUUGACGUCAACUGCUCAUCUGACGACGUUUUCGAUGCCAAAUCAUCGAAUGUCUCGAUAUUCAACAACGCUGAAUGGCUAGGGUUCACGAAAGCUACUAAAGAUAAGCCUCUAGUAGUCGUCCUAAAGGGAUACAUUGGACUUUUGGCCGUAUUCAUUUUCUAUUCACUAGUGACGUAUAGACAAAAGUCGCUAAGAGAUUCUGGUGCUUUACCAAAAGAGAGGGUCAAAACUAUAUUCCCAGAUAUUUCUCGUAAGGAAGCGGACGUGGAUUUGGUUCACUGCAUCAAGUACCUAAUUAAUUUUGGAUUCUAUAAGUUUGGCGUUGAGAUAACAAUGAUCUGUUUGAUGGGCGUGAUCGGAUCUCGUAUGGAUGUGUACGCGGUUUUGUACGCGGGUUGGUUGCUUGUACUCGUAUCAGUAAAUCGAGUGACUCAGAGCAGACUGUGGGGUACAUUCACAGCGACUCUCACAUUCCUCAUACCUGUCCAGUAUAUGAUUGCCGUGGGCUUCCUACCACAGUUCUGUGUCACUUAUCCUUGGGACGCCGACGAUCAGCAAAUGAAACAUGUCCGCACAUGGUUGUUCUUGCCAUACGCGGAACAACCUCCACAUGCCUACAAGCUGAUCUUCGAUUUCUUCCUAUUAUUGUUCGCGACACGUCAGCUUAAAGUGUUUCGUAUUGAAAAGAGUUAUAGCUUGGGUUACCCCGGAGGUUCCAACGACGAGAAUAUUGGUAAAAAUUGGGAAACGCCCGAUUUCGUUAACCCUGUACCCGAUUUUCUUGGUUAUGUUGGGACAUGGCUGGACGUUGUGAAACGUAUGGUGUUCCUGGGCAUGUUGUGGGUGACCCUGGCCAUCAUGUUUAUGACGGGCACCAACCGGGUGAAUCUAUUUUCCAUGGGAUAUCUUAUAGGCUCCUUUAUAUUCCUCUGGCAAGGAACCGACUUCUACUUACGUCCUAAACAUGCUAUUUUGAAAUGGUGGUCAUGGUUAGUUCGUUACAACGUGUCAGUAGUUGUGGUGAAGACGUUGCUCCAGAUCCCGGGCUGUAUAUUCAGCUCAGUGAUGCAAGAACACGCCUGCUGGCUGGUCCAGCUACUUGGUAUCGGGUGUGUCGACAAAUUCGCUGGAGGCAACAUCGCUAGGUUCCUUAAAAUGCAGUAUGUUAAGGAGGCGGCCUGUUCCGUCCCUCAAGAAGAUAUAGGAUUAGCAUGGGACGGCGUUUGUUUCGCCUUCCUCAUAUUACAGAGGAGACUGUUCCACAGCUAUUACUUCUACAGGGUUAUCGACGAAAGCAAGGCCACGACAGUACUAGCUUCGAGAGGUGCAGAAUUAAUAGAGGAACUCCGGCAAAAGCAAAUGAAAAUACAAGAAGAUCAAGAGACGAAAAUCUUAGAGAAAAUCAAAGUGAAAAUGGAAAGGAUAAAGGCAAAUCAGAAAAAGAUACAAGGAGCAAUGGCGAAGGAGCCGGCGCAUCAUGAUAUUGGAACAGAGUCAGGUUCCGAGAAACGAGGUAAACGUGUGUUCUCAAAGAGACACGAAGCCAUCCGUUCGGGAGACUACUACAUGUUCGAUGAAUUCGACGAUACAGAGAUCCAUAUAAAUGAUGAAGAAUCUAGCUCAGACGAGGACGCACCUAGGGAGAUGGGAAUUGGCAAGGUCGCAGGUCGUAAGUCGUCCCUCCAUCAGCCCAGUGAGUCGCACAUGACGGAACAGGAGCGACAAAUGACAGCGGAUAUUGGAGAAUUCGCACCAAUACCAGAACCUGAAGAGACCAUAGUGGAUAAGAUACGACAAUUGGCAGAGACGGCGUGGGCGUUCAUAUCCAGCUUCCUAGUGUCGCUCACACGACACUUGAUGAAGUACUCCCGGGACUAUCGAUAUGUAUCGAAAACUCUUUCUAUUGAAAAGAAAAUAUUAAAGGAAAAAGAGGGCUUCGGUAUCGGACUCCGAGAAGGAUCACAAAUGAUAUGGGAACCACUACCAGAGACAUUACAAAAACACCGUAAGUUAAGUGAGAUAAGCGUGCCGGAGAUACGCAUCUUGGCGCCCAGCAUGGAGCGCGGGCUGGACGUGUCCCCGCCGCCGCGCCGCGCGCAGAUGUCGCUGUCGGUGACCAGCUCGGCUUCGCGCGCGCCCGCUGAUGACGACGAUACGUCUGAACAUGAAAGCGCCUUUUCCUUGCAGUCGACUCCAAGUAAUGACGUCACAACACUGGAGGAGCAAGACGACUCAAUGUUCAAGCAGGAUCGAUCUCCGUUUGUACACCUCGGCUACGCGCUGUGGUACGCAGUAUUGGCGCAUACAGAUAUCGUGUGCUAUAUUAUGGUGUUUAUUAAUCAGAUUCAAUCGGCGACAAUACUGUCCAUACCUCUACCCUUGAUGGUGUUCAUGUGGGGCACGCUCACGAUACCACGACCUACGAAGACCUUCUGGGUUACACUGAUCGCAUAUACUGAGGUCAUUGUACUUAUAAAAAGUAUGUUCCAAUUCGAGAUCCUCCCAUGGAAUCAGAAGGUUAUACCCGCAGACAUGCCAUUCACUGCGCCACGGAUCAUUGGUAUCGAAAGGAAAUUCAACUACGCCCUGUACGACCUUCUACUUCUGCUCAUAAUAUUCUUACAUAGGUUCAUGUUGAAGUCACUCGGGUUAUGGAAGGAAUCCUCACCAGAAAUCGAAUUAAGAGAAGAUAUGGAGUACCCACUGAACGCUGAAGACACGCGGCUAGUUGCCGAGGGUCAUAUCACUGAAGUUGGGCGCAAAUAUGUGAAGCUGCACGACCAGACGGGACCGCCUGGGGAUAUAGAUGAGAGGGAAGGAGGAGGUGAAGAUAACUAUGAUAGUGGAGGCCAAACACAAGGCUCUGAAUAUGAUGAAAAUGAAGCAGGGCCUUCGAAAGCCUCAGAGGAUGAUCACUUCAAGGUGGACGACGAUCAAGAACCAAUAAUAGCGGUGUCGACUACAUUAGAAAACACGUACAAGCAUUACCCAGAAGUAAUGCUGUUGUCCGUAAAGCGCUACCUGCGUCCGAUGCACCGCUUCUUCCAGCGCAUGUUAGCGCCGGGCGCGCGCGUCACAGCCGACAUAUACGCGUACAUGUUCCUCUGUGACUUCUUCAACUUCCUCGUCGUCAUAUUCGGAUUUGCCGCGUUUGGAACGCAUCAAGGAGACGGCGGUGUACAAGCUUACUUGGAAGAGAAUAAAGUACCGAUUCCCUUCCUCGUAAUGUUGAUCCUGCAGUUUGCGCUAAUAGUCAUAGACCGUGCGCUAUACUUGCGCAAGUUCAUGCUCGGCAAGAUAUUGUUCCAGUAUGCGCUUAUUAUAGGAGUCCAUAUCUGGAUGUUCUUCGUUUUACCUUUUAUUACCGAAAGAACAUUCAACGCUCUGCUCCCUCCUCCGAUGUGGUAUCUGUUGAAGUGUAUCUACCUGCUCCUGUCCGCGUACCAAAUCCGCUGCGGAUACCCGCGCCGUAUCAUCGGCAACUUCCUCUGCAAAUCGUACCACUUCCUCAACAUGGUGUUCUUUAGAGGAUUUAUGGCAGUACCAUUCUUAUUCGAGCUGCGAACUCUUAUGGACUGGAUAUGGACGGACACGUCUAUGAACCUCAUGGAUUGGCUCAAAAUGGAAGACAUAUUCGCCAAUAUCUUCCUCUUAAAGUGUUCCCGAUACUUAGAGGACGAGUUCCCUCAGCCGCGCGGCGUUAAGAAAGCCAACUCCUCCAAAUACUUACUAGGUGGAGGAGUGCUGGCUUUCGUCAUUGCUAUUAUAUGGUUCCCACUCGUAUUCUUCGCCUUUGGAAAUUCGGUUGGUCAACCCAAUCCGCCCACAGAUGUUACAGUAAAGAUCCGCAUCGGUCCGUUCCUGCCCGUCUACCAAAUGUCUGCUCAAUCACACAACAUCGAUGUAUUCACAGAGCAGGACUACACCCAGUUAAGCAAUAUGUACGCGCGCGAUCGCACGGCGCAGACGUUCCUCUCCAACUACAUGUAUAACGACGUCGCCGUCAUCACCAUCAACCCCAACUCCACGCUUAAGUGGGAGAUCUCACCGCCGGAGCUCGACCGACUCAAGCGAGAGGCUGCCUCUAAUGCCACACUAAUGGUGAAGUUUACCUACGUGAUAACACAUCCGACGAAUGCAGUCCCCAACCCGCCGACUAUAGAGGAUCAUCGCGAGGUUCCUAUCAAAGCGUAUGUGGACGGACAGCCCAACCCACAGAGGGAAACUCUACGGAAACUUCUAGACGGUACCACCGACCCUGAUACCUGGUUAACCGUCAAACACUUGUUCCCGAAGUUUUUGAAAGUAUUUAACAAGGGUACCACUAAACCGGCGUACCAACUAAUGCCGACGCAAUUCGAUGAAGAUGAUAUAGAAAAUGAGUACGACGAGGAAGCCAUUGUCUACCGUGACGUGCUUCUUCGGCUGGAGAGAGAUUUUGAGAAGGAUGUAAUGUACUGGCGCGUUCGAGAAUCUUGUUCUUUACGGGAUCCAUUGCUGACGGUCCCGUUAAAUAACUGCGAAAUGCUGGUCAUGUACACUUUUAACGAUAAACUGUUCCCAGAGACAUUAAACUUUAUAUCGGGCAGUGGUAUCAUUGGACUAUACACCACUUUCGUGUUCUUGGCGUCGCGAGUUCUACGAGGAUUCUUCUCAGGAAUUUACACAAGGAUCAUGUUCGACGAUCUACCGAAUGCUGACAGAGUAUUGCAACUCUGUCUUGAUAUAUAUUUGGUGCGGGAAGCACUCGAGCUCGCCUUGGAAGAGGACCUGUUUGCUAAAUUAGUAUUCCUGUACCGAUCCCCUGAAACUAUGAUAAAAUGGAGUCGACCUAAAGACGACGAAAACAUGGAACAGCCGGCGCUACCUCCAUCUCGCUGAGCUAAGUAACUCGACAUAGGUUUUUAAAAAGAUGUGUUACGACGUGAAGUCGUAAUCUAAUAACUUUAUUUACUUAUUUAAAUCUAAGGCUACAUACUGCGAGGUUCAAGUUGUCGUUUUAAAAUAAAGAUAACCCACAUAGUUGUAUUAGUUUUUGUAAGUAGUUUUAUAUUUUAUAUUCUAUAACUUUACGCCAAGGAAGUUUUUUUCAGGUAGGUACUUCGAAGUUUAUUAUAUUAAACAAACCUAUUUUACAAAUCAAAUUCCCACUUUGAAAAUAAAGUACAAGUUUUAACCGACUUUUGUUAUGUUUCAAUAAUUCUUAAUCGUCCAUAUUGAUGUUAUUUAUGAUUAUGUAUAUUGAAUACGAUGUGCAACAAAUUACAUCGAUUUUAGAUACGUAAGCUGUACAGUAAAAUAGUUCUAAUCUAAGAAUAAUCAUGGUGCAUAUUUUCAUAAUUUUAGUCGGAAAGAUUUCGAAAUUUGCUAAAUAGUUUAUUGAUGUUCCUACCUUACUAAAUAAAUUAAGCCUAAGCAAGCAAGAUUCACAUAGAACAAUGCAAAAUUACUUGUCACAUUAUAAGAUCGAAUAAAAAAUCAGCAUAAUUAGUCAAUAUUUUGUAAUUUUUCACGAUGUUGUAUAAAAAUUAUACAUAACUGGCUUUUGAAAUAUGUACUUAAAUAAAUUAAUUCUAUCUUAGCGGUAAUCACUCGCUCUCUUAUUUAAAAUUUUACUGUAGUUUUUAUCUCUUUACAUGCGGGCUCUUGAUUGCAUAAUAAAUAGGUAUUAUUUUAUUAGCUGUUUAGAAUUCUAGUUAUUUGCUUUGUUUUUGCAGAUGUUUAUUGUAUAAAUGUUUUGAAUGAUAAUGUUGAGUCUAUUAGAAAAUAUUAUUAAGAAAGUUACCAGUAAGUCAUUUUGUACUGAUAAAUUGAAGACGUUAAAACAAGUAUGUUUAGCAUUUUAUUAUUUACUAUACAAAGUCACUAUAUUAUGAUCACUAUGACUGCACAAAAUAUAGGUAUAGAAAUUACAAUUUAUAUAUAAAUUAUAUAAAAAGCAACAUAAGUUUUACCUCAAUUUACAAAUCAUUGCAUUUGAUAUUACUUAAAUUAAAGGCGUAAGUGAAUUAUACAUAUUGUACACUUUUGUAUUAUGGUUGUUGUGUUUAAGCUGCAUUUAAAGUUGUCGAUUUGUGAUAAUAAAAGUCAAUGAAAUGUU